UAUUUAUUAGUGUUAAAAUUAGCAAGAGCGUGGACUGGUGUGGUAUUUCGCAUCUCCGCUGCUUAAACCCUAAAACUCACCACCACCACCACCAAAUAUAGCUUGCAAUGAAUGGAGUCAAUUAUUAGUGAAGCUAUUUUCUUCUCUUGUAUAUGUUCAAACCAUGUUAAUUUCCCCUCGUGGUCUAUUGGGUAUCACAUUCAGAAAAUCUCACCAUUUGUCAUCAGCUGCAACUUCAUUUACUCCAUUCCCUCAAAACUUCUUCUUCUUUGUUAACACCUUCCUUUGCUUAUUCAGAUACCCUUUUUCCACUAAUAAUAAUAAUAAUAUUAAUAUUAAUUUUAAUGAUGUCGAUUCCAUUAAGAAAAUCAUACGGGAAGAGAAAUGGGAAGAUUUUAGGAAUUCGGGUUUAGCUCCUAUUUGGGUGUCCAAUAUCCUAUUCACAUUGAAAAAAGAGCCAAGGUUAGUCUUGAAGUUUUUCAAGUGGGCCAAAACACAGACUUCAUUUUAUCAUACUCCAGAGGGUUAUUGUAUUGUAGCUCACAUUUUGUUUUAUUCUAGAAUGUACAGUGAUACAUAUGUUGUUCUAAAAGAAUUGGUUACUCUCACUAAUAAUCCUAUUGAUGUCCUUUGGUCAACGAGAAACGCUUGUGAGCCGGGUGGGUAUGGCGUGUUUGAUGCAUUGUUUAGUGUACUAAUUGAGUUGGGUUUGCUUAAGGAAGCUACUGAGUGCUUUUUAAGGAUGAGAAGUUUUAGCGUUCUUCCCAAAGCACGAUCUUGUAAUUAUCUUUUGCAGAGAUUCUCAAAGUUAGGGGAUAAGAACUCGUCGUUGAAGUUCUUUCAUGAUAUGAUUGAGUCUGGGAUUGUUCCGACGGUGUAUACAUACAAUAUAAUGAUUGGCUAUUUAUGUAAGGAUGGGGAUUUGAAUGCAGCGAAAAGGUUAUUCGCUCAGAUGAAGGAUAAGGGCAUCGGUCCAGAUAUAGUUACAUACAAUUCUCUCAUUGAUGGAAUUGGUAAGCAUGGGGAGCUUGAGGAUAUGGUUUCUAUAUACAAAGAAAUGAAGUGUCUUCCUGAUGUAGUAACAUACAAUACAUUGAUCAAUUGUUUUUGUCGAUCUGGAAGGAUGGUAGUUGCAUGUGAGUAUCUUCAUGAGAUGAAGAAAAGUGGGUUGAAUCCCAAUGUGGUUACUUAUAGCAUAUUUAUUGAUGUUUUUGCCAAAGAAGGGAUGUUACAAGGAGCUAUAAAGUUCUUUGUAGACAUGAGGCGGGUUGGUCUUGCUCCUAAUGAAUUUACUUAUACUUCGUUGAUUGACGCUCAUUUUAAAGCUGGUAAAGUUGAUGAAGCUUUGAAGCUUGUUAAAGAGAUGCUAGAGGUAGGAGUUAAGUUAAAUGUCGUGACCUAUGCGACAAUGGUUGAUGGCCUUUGUAAUAAAGGGAAUAUCAAGGAAGCUGAAGAAGUUUUUAGGGUCAUGUUGAAGGAUGGGAUUGUCCCAAAUUUAGAAGUCUAUACUGCUCUUAUCCAUGGGUAUAUCAAAUCAAAAAGGCUAGUGGAUGCUUUUAAGAUGUUGGAACAAAUGAAAGAAAAUAAUAUCAGACCAGACACAUUACUCUAUGGAAUAGUUUUAUGGAGUUUUUGCUCUGACGAGAAGUUUGAAGAAGCCAAAGUUUUAUUUGAUAAAAUGAAGGGUCUUGGGCUAGAGGGAAAUUAUGUCAUAUACACAAUACUUGCUGACGCUUACUUUAAGGCUGGAAAAUCCGUAGAAGCACAGGCUCUGCUAAAUGAAAUGCAGGAAAAAGGUAUUUCCCCUACUGUUGUGAUGUAUUCUGCAUUAAUUGAUGGCUUGUGUCGGCUGGGAUUUGUCCAGGAAGCAGUGGACCAUUUCCAUUCUAUGCCAAAAAUGGGUUUGCAGCCUAAUGUCGUGGCUUAUACAGCUCUAAUUCAUGGCCUCUGUAAAAAUAAAUGUCUAGGGGCUGCGGAAAAGAUAUUUGAUGAAAUGCUUGGCAAAGGUAUAGUUCCAGACAAAAUAGUGUAUACAUCCUUGAUAGAUGGAAAUCUAAAGCAGGGAAAUGUUCAAGAUGCUUUAAAUUUACAAAUGAGAAUGACCGAAAGUGGUUUGGAGCUUGACCUUCAUGCCUACACUGCUUUGAUUUCUGGGCUCUCAAAAAAUGGCCAGGUGCCUCAGGCGAGAAUGUUUUUUGAUGAGAUGAUUGAGAAAGGUAUUAAACCUGAUGAGGUUGUAUUUUCAUGUCUCCUAAGAAAAUAUCAAGAGAUCGGUAAUCUAGAAGAAGUUCUUGCAUUGCAAAAUGAAAUGAUGAAAAGAGGCCUUAUGACAGUUACAAGUGAUAGAGCAGUUCAUAAUAUGCAAACCUGAGAAAUUGUAUUUUGCUUGUCUGGUUCGAUCAUUGACAUAAGAGGUCGCAAUUAUACACAGGGUGCUCUCCCAUAUCCAAUUUAACCCCAUCUUAAUACUGAGAGAGAAUUAUUGGGUUGUCUCCUAGGGUCUGAUCCUGCCUGGAAACAGAGGAGAGGCGUGGUCAAAGAAGUGGGAGGACAACCAUGAGGUCUCAGGUUCAAAUUCAAGCGGAGGUAAAAACACUAGGAGCUCAUUACUGCUUCACAGUAGAGAGCUGGAGGAAGAUCAAGUAUCACUGAGAAUGGUGGAUCUGAGGAACUUCUACAACAAUGUGCCCAUCAACGUAACUGCAAAUUUCCUACCUUAGUUUAUUUAUAUAUCACCAUGAGACAGCAGAGCCAAUAUGGACUAAGCAUGAAGUUGUUUAAGUCCAUUGUUUUAGAGGCCAAUUAUUAGCUCAAUCUUCACAUGCUGAACUGAGCAAGAGGAAGUUACGAGAACUGUCAUGAAGGUGAUGCUAGCUAGAUAAGUUUUGCACUUUACUGAGGGACUAACAUGAAAUAGUGGUCAGUGACAUGAAAACAAUGCUCUCUUUUUCUGAACGGCAUUGGUGAAGAACCACUGGUUUUUCCCUGGAAGCAGCUAUUAGUUAUACAGAUAUCAUUGAGGACGAGGGUUCAAAUUCCAGUUGAUGCAAGAAACGCUAGAUGAUUUCUUCCCAACUGGCCUGGUCUUAGUGGAUAGAGUUAAACAGUACAAUGGCAGCAAGUACCCGGUGGAUUAGUCGAGGACACCAGUUAUUUGUAGAAAAAAGUUGCAAUGAGAUCGUGCAGAAAAAUUCCCUAGUACGGUAAUUACGAUUUCAACAUCGCUUUGGUACUUGUAAAGUUGGCCCUUGUCCUAUUUGUUUAUCAUUCUUUGCCAAAUUUGAGUUAUUCUGCUAUGAUGAUUUAAUUUAUCAAUUUACUUUUUUUUAAAAGGAGAGAAAUUUGACAUUGUGAUUUCUUUGGUAUGGUGAGUGUUUUAGCUUCAU